AUGGAGACUUUGGAACCCUCCCCAGGGCUGGGGGCGCCGGUUGCCAGGGGAACUGACCUGGGAUCACAGAGCUCCCGGGGAGGAGAGUGUUGGAACCUGCCGUCUGUAGUGGUAGGCCAGCCCCAGCAGCCGGAGGCCUCCCCAUCUGCUUCCCUGUUGUUCUUCGCUGUCUCGGGCUCAGCAUCAGCACGGCCGUUUGAACAGGACAUUGUGAAAGCCACCAGCAGAGCACCACUAAGUGCCGCCAGCAGGAGGUCGCAGGCCGCUUCGGACCCGGGCGACCACACCGACAGAGAAUCCUGGGGACCUUCCGUCACAAUCACGAGCUUCUGGAACAGCAGUGGCCCGGACCCCUGUCGCCCACGGAAAUGUGCGGUCGGGCCAGGGAGCAGUGUGCCCUGUGGCCUUCUCCAGCGCAGCUGUCCCCCGGCAGGGCCCUGCCGCCUGAGGGUGCGGAUCCCCUCCUGCCCAUCUGCAGAUGAUGUGGCCUCAGACGUGCUUCCAGGGACUGACGUCGCCUCGACCGCUGCGUCCCCGGGGGUCCCCGUGAGGCCGGCUGUGUCCGCCCCGACCAGCUCUCCGACUGCACAUCCUCCCACCUUGCCCAGAAGCUCCCUCGGCCACGGUGGCUCAGCAUCCUGGCCUCGUCCCCCCACUCGCUGUCACCCCGGAGCCGUGUCCAUGCACAGUCCUCCUGAUGCGCUGGAUGCCGCCGACCAUGGCUUCCCCGACACGGACGCUUGGGCCCCUCUGAGUCUGGGCUUCCGGGUCCGGGCAUCUCCCAAGGCAGCUCUGUGUCUACGGGUGGAUUUCGGGGACAGCUCCGGGGUCCAGGUGACGAUCUACAAUGUGUCCCGGGGAAUCGCAGUCACCGCCUACCACCAGUUCAGGAAAGGCACCGUUGUCACACAUCACUUUGCAGCCGGUCCCCCGUGUAACGUGUCCUUCACAUGUCAGAGCUGUGUGGCCGGUGGCCAGGCUUGGCCCAGCGUGACUGUCCAGUAUCGGAUGCAGCCCGUCUCUGUCUACACAAACGGAACCAUGUUUGCCACUGACAUCGACAUCACUUUCCUGGCUGUCACGAGGAAACGGCCCCCUUGGAGUUCGUGUGGUCCUUUGGAGAAGGUCCAGCCCUGA